AUGGCAGGGCCCCAGCUCCUGCUGGUAUUGCUGAUGUCAUAUGCUCUAAGUUCUGAAGCUUACCCUGGCCUGUUUGCAAACAAGCGCGCGGAGGGGUGUCUGGAUCACCCGGGCGUCAAGUUUGCGGGCCACGGAGCCCCCAAGCCCGACAGCACGACCACGUUCGCUGUCAAGGAUUCCAAGGGACUUCCAAAAAAGUCUUUCUGCCCAGGCGGCACCUACAAGAUUGACGUGCAGUUUGUUGAGGAGCGCCAAGCACUGCUCACGGCGUCAAACGGUGUACUGGGCACUGGGGACAAGCGCUGCCUCAACCGCAAGUAUUCGGCCAACAUGCGGCUUGAUGGCUUUGAGAGCAGUUUUACCGCGCCUUGCGAUGCGGCAGGCACCACCAUUUUGUUCAAGGUGACAUCAGCAGCUGGCGCGAAGGAUUACUAUCACCAGGCCACUGCCGAGGUGGACGUUGGCUACACCGAUGGCCCGUGUGCCGACAUCAGCAAAGCAGCGCAGUGCAAGCCUGUCACCACGCCCAUCGCCCUGCCAAAGACCCUGAGCAAUGCACCCAAGAACCUGCCUGAGGCCCCCGCCACCAAGGCGCCUGUCCCGAAAAUCGCAGCCGUCGCCGCCAGCACCACCCCAGUCGCAGUCGUCGGCGCGGCAGCUGCCCGCACGGCGACGCCCUCGUCUCUGGUGGACGGCGACGCACCGCCACUCGACGCCAAGGCCGGGGACAAGCUGCUGUUGAGGCCGGUCGUCAAGGGACCCCGCAACCGCAUGGCGCUGCUGGCGCUACACGGCGCGCUGAUGCUCCUUGCGUUCGUGGUGCUGCUGCCGCUGGGCGCACUUGUGUCCCGGCACCGAUGGGUGUUUGGGCGAGACACUCGCACGCGGUGA